CCAAUGGUCACAUUGAACAAAAUAAAUAAUUUUCAUUUUUGCACGCAAAACACGAGGAUCUUUGUUUUUGUGAUCGAUUAAGCUAAAUUAAACCAGCGAAAGCUAUUUAAAAGAGCCAAAGAUGAGCAGCCAGCGCGGCAAUGUAAGUCGCACACGUGCGCAGAAGCAUAAGAAUCGUCAUGUCUUCAAAAACGAUCUGCACGACAAGACGCCUCAGCAAUUGCGAUUAAAUGCUAUGCACGUCUCCACAGUUUGCCAGCGCUGCAAGGAGCAGAUCGAGUGGAAAAUCAAAUACAAGAAGUACAAGCCGCUGACGCAGGCCAAGACCUGUGCCCAUUGCAAGGAGCGUACGGUUAAGAAGGCCUACCAUGUGGUCUGCCGCGACUGUGCCAUCAAGGCGAAUGCCUGCGCUAAGUGCCUGAAGAGCGCCAAGGAGGUGGACAUCGAGGAGCCACAGCCAACGCCCCGGGAAGAGCAGCAAUUGCAGUCCGAGAUGGACCGACUGGUCAAAUCAUUUUCAGAGCGUAAGCGUCGUGCCUUCCUGCGCUACAUGAAAAAGGGCAAGGAGAAGGAGAAAACUCAGGGCGAACCGGAUGAAGAGCAGCUGGAAAACGAGGAGAAGGCCAAGCGUGUGGCACAUACACGCGACGAGCUGCUGGCCAAGAUCAAGCAGCUAGAUCUUGCCGGAGAGGAUGAAGAAGAGGAGGAUGACUCGGACUUCGAUUCGGAGGAGGAUGAGGAUGAUUCCGAAUUUGAUUCUGAGGAUGAUGAGGACGACGACAGCGAGGAUGAACCACAGAAACCCGCGCCUCAGAAGUCCACUAAAGCGAAAUAAACUUCUUUUUUUAAUUAAUAUUUUUUUUUGAUCUUUGUGAUAAAGAAUAGAAUAAGAAUGAUUUAGAUUUUGUUUGUGGAGCAGAGAAAGAUGACUCCCAACUUGAUUCCGUUAAGGAUGAGUCUUCAAAGUCUUAAAUUAAAAAAUUAAACAAAGUA